ACAAUUUAGUUUGAAAAGCCGGCCGCUUGAGAGCGGGUCCUGAGCGAAUUAGUCGUGCUAAGCCGGCGCGUGGAGGCUUUGUAUUGUGGUGCGGGACUCGCCGGGACAGCAGAGGCCUAAAGGGCCGAACCCAGGCCAUGGGGCCGGGACCGAUCAUUUAUUUAUUGGCAUCGUUAGCUUUAAUACUAGCUAGCGAGCAAGCUGCAAGUGAAACUACGAACAGUACGAAAACGUCGUCAUCAGUCGGGCGGAAUGGCCGGCAAUACUACGGCCCCGUCGACCAGGGCAACAACGAGGUAGUCGUCGACAUCGAGGACGACGAGAAGACGCAGUACUAUGAAACCAAUUAUGAUACUAGCGCAUACGGUUUCGGUUACGACGUGGGCCCGAGCGGUCAGUUCCACCACGAGAACCGCGGCCCAGACGGCGUCACAUACGGCUGUUACGGCUACGUGGACCCGGACGGCGUGCUGCGCGCCACCCACUACGUCGCCGACAGCCAUGGUUACCGCGUCAUAGAGCCCGAGAAACCUGUCGAGGUGUUCCCCGACGAGAAACACGAGUAUGACGAAAACUCUGUGGACAACAAACCGAUCAAAGGCCAGAUAAUUCCGUACGACAAGUUGUACUUCCCGAAGGGAUGCGGCCGCACGCCCGGCGGUGUUCCGGCCAAGCCGAUAACGGUGCCCCCUCGCCCUCCGAAGCCGCCCACCGACAGCACUGGUGGGGCCAGCCACCCUAUACCCUCUAGACCUGGUGGUUCAGGCGGAUACUACCCGGGUCAACCUGGCGCUCCCGGCGCUCCUGGCGCCCCCGGCGCCCCCGGCGCUCCAGGCACCCCUGGUAGUCCAGGUGGCCCAGGAGGUCCAGGAGGCCCGGGUGGACCAGGUGGCCCCAACGGCCCUAAUGGCCCAGGAGGCCCUGGCGGACCAGGUGGCCCCAACGGCCCUAAUGGCCCAGGAGGCCCUAAUGGUCCAGGUGGUCCUAAUGGCCCUGGUGGCCUAGGUGGCCCUAAUGGACCCAAUGGACCAGGUGGAAGCGGAUACUAUCCCGGACAACCAGGACAACCCGGCACCCCUGGCACACCAGGAUCUCCGGGCACCCCAGGAGGACCGGGCGGACCAGGUGGCCCAGGAGGCCCAGGUGGCCCUAAUGGACCUAACGGACCAGGCGGAAGCGGAUACUAUCCCGGACAACCAGGACAACCCGGCACCCCUGGCACACCAGGAUCACCGGGUACCCCAGGAGGACCGGGCGGACCAGGUGGACCAGGGGGCCCAGGCGGCCCUAAUGGACCCAAUGGACCAGGUGGUAGCGGAUACUAUCCCGGACAACCCGGUCAACCAGGCACCCCUGGUACACCAGGAUCACCAGGCACCCCAGGAGGACCGGGCGGACCAGGCGGACCUGGAGGCCCAGGUGGCCCUAAUGGACCUAACGGACCAGGCGGAAGCGGAUACUACCCCGGACAACCAGGACAACCCGGCACUCCAGGCACGCCAGGAUCUCCGGGCACCCCAGGAGGACCGGGCGGCCCAGGCGGACCAGGAGGCCCAGGUGGCCCUAAUGGACCUAACGGACCAGGCGGAAGCGGAUACUACCCCGGACAACCAGGACAACCCGGCACUCCAGGCACGCCAGGAUCUCCGGGCACCCCAGGAGGACCGGGCGGCCCAGGCGGACCAGGAGGCCCAGGUGGCCCUAAUGGACCUAACGGACCAGGCGGAAGCGGAUACUACCCCGGACAACCAGGACAACCCGGCACUCCAGGCACGCCAGGAUCUCCGGGCACCCCAGGAGGACCGGGCGGACCAGGCGGACCAGGUGGACCAGGCGGUCCAGCUGGACCGAGCCGUCCCCCAGUUUCCCCCGGACAACCUGGUGCUCCGGGUAGCCCAGGAUCUCCGGGCACACCGGGAGGCCCAGGAGGCCCAGGAGGCCCAGGCGGACCAGGAUACCCCGGUCAGCCAGGAAAACCAGGACAGCCAGGACAGCCUGGACAACCAGGAUACCCAGGACAGCCUGGACAACCAGGAUACCCGGGACAGCCCGGACAACCAGGAUACCCGGGGCAACCCGGCCAACCGGGAUACCCAGGCCAGCCAGGACAACCAGGAUACCCAGAUUCAGUUGGUCAACCUACCGGCACUGGUGUACAACCUCCGUCACAGCCUCCGCCGGGCGCCCAAAUGCCGCCAUUCCCGAUCUACGUCAUACCUUACCCGCUGCCCAUCGUCCCGAGCCCUGGACAGUGCCCGUGCUAUCUAGUUAACCCAGGCAAUGACUCUGCGGUCUCCCAACCUCAACCUCAGCAACCUCAACAACCUCAACAACCUAGCAACCAAGGCUACUACGCUCCUUAUGGAAUCAUCGGUUUCGUUCCCGUCGUAUUCGUGCCAUACUGCCCAGGAAAUAACACCGAUAUGAGUUCAGCUCAGCAAAAUUUCCCUAACGCUGUACCCGUCCCGUACAACUGCGGACAGUGCCAGGCCAACCAAAACCUUUACCGCUACUUUGGCAGACUCGGGGGAGCGCGGAGUGCAACAGACUUUAAGGAAAUCAAAUCCCUUGCGGAGCUGGAAAACCUUAUUAAAAAGCAGAUUAAACCGAUGAAGAAAAGCCUGCCGCGGAUAGCUGCUCAUCCUAAGAUUCUAGAAGAAUCAACGAAUUAAAAGUCAUAGAUAUGUUUUGACGAUGCAAUAAGUACUGGGUGCGCUAUUAUUAUUAUAAUAAGUCGAACGAAAAGGAUGAAGUGAGACGAUUAAAUUUUGAGAUUGUCCGACAUUACUUCUUGGACGCUCUCAAGAUUUAUAAAGAAUACUUACCAUACAUAUUUAUUGCGAAUUUUGUCAUAGAUUUAUUUAUUUAUUAUAUUAAUAUCAUCCUCGAUUGUCGAGAAACGAGACACGCGCAUUUGUAUGUAAUAUUUACAAAUUAUAAUUUUCUCAUUAUAAAUUUAAUAUUUUUGUAAAAAUAUUUGAUUUAGUAAAAUGAAAUUGCGCUGCCAUUUAGAUUAAUCGUGUGUUAAGAAAAGAUUAAUAAAUGUCAUAUUAUUAUA